CAACUCGAUGCGCCGAGUCCCGACAUGGCGCGUCGACCACGAGGUCUAUCUUGGAGGUCCAGCACCCAAUUCAUCGUGUUUACCAUCGGGGCUGGGAUGUUCUCCGAUCUCUUUCUUUACUCCUUGAUCGUCCCUGUAGUUCCGUUUCUGCUCGAGGAUCGCAUCAAAGUCCCUCAGUCCGAAGUUCAACAGCGUGUCUCCGAACUAUUGGCGGUGUGUGCUGGGGCGCAGUUCAUUUUCUCGCCCUUGGUGGGAAUCUUUGCGGACAGAAUGCGAUCCCGACAGGUUCCUUUUCUUUUCGGCAUCCUAGCCUUGGCAGGAUCUACCGUUCUGUUUGCAGUUGCGCGGUCAAUGCUUCUACUCAUGGCGGCCAGAAUACUGCAAGGCUUGAGUGGUGCCAUUGUAUGGUCUAUUGGUCUUGCUAUG